GUGAGCUGUAUCCUUCUCCGUCUCCGUAGCGGAACAGAAUCAGAAGAGCUGUUCUUCUUCUUCCCGUAGGACGAGGCGAUUUGUUCGUUUAAUAAUCUGGGGUUUAAGCUUUUUCGUUCUUCUCUGUAGAUAAAGCUCAGUCCUUUAAUCAAAGAUGGUCGUCCAUUCUCAGUUCUCGGCAAUUUCUUCAGGUUUGAUUCCUAUAUUCAAUCAGUCAAGACUACCAUUCCAGAAUCGGAAAUACAAUGGCAGAAAAUUCAGUAAUUUCAAUGGCGUCAAAGUAGUAGUAUCAUCUAGAAGGAUUUUAAGAGGCAGAGGCAGUAUCCGAAAAUCUUGUUCUUCUGGAUUUGGUACUAAUUAUGUUGUUCGCAUGGGAAGGGAUUCUUAUCAGUCCACCUUUGAUGAUGACUUGCCUCAGGAACCUUUUCCUCUAACUCUUGUUAAAGAAUUCAUCUGGGGGAUAAGAUCUCUGUUGGCUUUUCUGGUUGAGCAGCCUAGUCAGCUCAAGUACAUAGAAUGGCCUGGCUUCUCUAGCACGCUGAGGACAGCUACUCUGACUCUUGUUCUUGUAGCGCUGCUGAUUGUGGCACUUUCAUCGAUCGACUCUGCCCUUAGCUAUCUGUUGGCUAUACUUCUACGGAGAAUGCUGUAACCGACUUCACAGAUAGACGUAUGUUCCAACUCGGGCAUUGUGGAAGCUUUGCAGCAAUGGCCGUCUCUUUAAUUUAGUAGCAAUGGUGAUUGAGAAGCACUGCAUAGUCUGAAGAGUUUAAAUAAACUGUUUGUUGUGUUAGUGUUACUGACUUGGACGGCUACAGGACAAAAGCAGGAUUCAAGCAAAGGACAGGAAUUUUGUGUUAUUUAAAAGAGUGAAAAACAAUGUGAAAUUGUUGAGGUCUUUCUCUUCUUAUGAUGCUAGUUAUGGCGAAGAUGCAUACAAGUGUUCUAACCCAAGCAUUUGGAAAUUUCCCGAAUGUGAUUGUAAUUAAUCCA